AGUUGUUUGCCCCGCGCGCGCGUGUAUGCAUGCGUGUGUGUAUGCGUGUGUGUGCGUGUGCGUGUGUGUGUGCGUGUGCGUGUGUGUGUAUCCUCCUCGGUGUAUGAGAUGAGCUGCCUGCGGUCUCCGCCGCCGCUCCGUCUCUCGGCUCCCUCCAGUAGAGAAUGGUCACACCGCGCCGCCGGUCCUAGUCUCUCAUUCAGCACUUUUUUCCGACUUGUCUUCUUCCUUAUUUGAGGUCCCGUCAGAGUGGCCAGGCUCUGAGGUGCUGUUCUGUCCAUUGCCAAUCGAAAGUGAGCCAGCUGUGUGAAGAGAAAGACAAGUACUGAACGGCAAAGAGAAUGGCUGUGGCCGGGUGUCCGGAUUAUUUCCUGCACCAUCCAAAUUAUCAGCAGGACAAUGUAGACCGGUCCACCAAUCACAGACAAGCAGCUGAUCUCAUCGCUCCAAGCUUCCAGCAGUCAACCAAUCAGAGUUCUCCUCACCACCAAGAGGAUGAUGUCGAUUUAGAAGCCUUGGUGAAUGACAUGAACUCUUCACUGGAGAGCCUCUACUCCACCUGCAGCAGUCAGCAGCCUGAGUCCACCCCGCUUCUGCACAACGGGCAGACCUCUUCCUCGCACCACCAUCAUCUUCAUCACCAACAUCAUCACACGCACCACAACCCGCCGGGGAAGGGUUUGGACUCUCAUGCGCUCAGCCACGUUUCACCGGAGCCGCCCUCCUCCUCCUCAGAUUCCUCACAAACCAGCUUCCGGCGGUCACAGCCAAUGCACAUCCUCGCUGUCAGAAGGUUGCAAGAAGAGGAGCAGCAGUUGAGGACAUCAUCUCUCCCGGCCAUCCCCAACCCCUUCCCCGAGCUCUGCAGUCCAGCCAGUUCUCCUGUCCUUAGCCCCGGGUCCCUACCUCCAGGAGAGCCCUCCACUGGCAAAUAUAUUGUAAAGGUCUUCAGUGAAGACGGCCUGGGUAAAGUGGUGGAGAUCCCAGCAGACAUGACAGCCAGGGACCUGUGCCAGCUCCUGGUCUAUAAAAGCCAUUGUGUGGAUGACAACAGUUGGGCACUUGUUGAACACCAUCCGCUGCUAGGACUAGAGCGGUGUCUUGAAGACCACGAGCUGGUCGUUCAGGUCCAAGCCUCCAUGAAUAGCGACAGCAGAUUCCUCUUCAGGAAGAACUACGCCAAAUAUGAAUUCUUCAGAAAUCCCCUGACAUUUUUUCCCGAGCACAUGGUUGCGUGGUGCCAGGAAACCAACGGUACGAUUCCACCGUCUCAACUCCUGCAGAACUUCCUAGCUUCCAGUGGCUGCCCAGAGAUCCAAGGCUAUCUAUAUGUGAAGGAGUUGGGUAGGAAAUCAUGGAAGAAACUCUACUUGUUCCUGCGCCGCUCAGGACUCUAUUGCUCUACAAAAGGAACCUCUAAGGAGCCCAGACAUCUACAGUUACUUGCAGAUCUGGAGGACAGCAACAUCUUCUCUGUCAUCACGGGCAAAAAGCAGCACAGCGCGCCCACAGAAUAUGAGUUUUGUAUCAAGCCCAAUAAAGGCCGUGCGGAGUUAAAGGAGCUGAGGAUGCUGUGUGCGGAGGAUGAGCAGAGCAGGACCUGUUGGAUGACCGCCUUCCGACUCUUCAAGUAUGGGAUUGUACUGUACCAGAACUAUAAGAUUCCCCAGCAAAGAAAAACGUUGCUAUCACACUUCUCAGCACCUGUGCGGAGUGUGUCAGAGAAUUCCCUUGUGGCCAUGGACUUCUCAGGAAGGAUAGGCAGGGUGAUUGACAACCCUGUGGAAGCUCAGAGUGCUGCCAUGGAGGAGGGACAUGCCUGGAGGAAGAGGAGUCAGCGAAUGAACAUGCUGGGUUGCCACAGUCCACUGCACCACUCCUCACUAAGCUCAGUCAUCCAUGUAGCCCAGCUGUGGUUCCACGGCAGAAUAACCAGAGAGGAAUCCCAUCGUAUUAUCCAUCAGCAGGGACAAGUGGACGGGCUAUUUUUGCUCAGAGUCAGUCAGAGCAACCCCAAGGCAUUUGUGCUCACACUGUGCCAUCACCAGAAAAUCAAACAUUUCCAGAUUUUACCGUGAUGUUUUAAAGCAGGCUGGUGUCCAUCAUGUGCUGGUCAUCAUCAGUCCAAACAGACGCAAGUUGGAGAGUCGUCAGAUAAAAGUGACUCGGGGUUUCCCAAAGCAGCAGCAGCUCCAACUUCUUCCUUGUUGCUCUCUUCCCCGAGUCUGCUAUUGAUUGAUAGACGAAUAAAAUAACGUCAGAUCGUAUCCUUCAAUCGAGAGAAAACUAUCCAGCGACUGUUUGAUCGUCACUGUCUUGUGAUGACAUUUUUAAGCAAAGAAGAAUGCGGAAAGGAACGAGGAGUCACUUUGGCUACUGAUGUUUUGGGAAACGGGAUCCACGAGGCCUCAGACAUCUCACAUCUCCAUGUCUCACCCACAGCUGAGCUGAGUUCCCUUGCCUUGAGGAGAAAAGAUUAAACAUUCUAGAUGUAGGAGGAAAAUCCUAACGAACUGAAUUAUUUUCACAUGAAAUCUAGAUUUAGAUAUAAUAGUAUUUCCCCAACUAAGAGGUGUUGCCCCCAGUUAUUUCAUCUCAUGUUAGAAAUGUAUUAAUUUGAUGAUCCCUUUCAAACAGCAAAGCACAGUCAUGUCAUAAUGCUACAUAGUACAACAUGUCCCUACAAUGAUAUCAUGUUGGUUACUGAUACUUAUGUGACUGCAUCGACUCCCUUGAAAACCGGUUAAAAAUACUUUGGACAAAUAUACAUCCUCAGUUUAUGUCUUUUCAUUAGCUUUUCGAUACAGACGACUUCUGCAUUGUGUGUUGAGGACAUUUUCCUGGCGGGAGUUUGAAUCUUAUAAAUACACCUUUUUACAAGUUUGCUAUAAGUCACCUUGGGCGACUGAGAUAUCAGUGAAUUUGUAAUGCCAGCUAUUUUAGCCCCCCCCCCCCCCCAUCAACUCCUUCUAGGCCCAUUCUCAGACCUCCAGCUGUUCCUCUUGUUUCCCUGACUGAAGUGAAUGACAGGCAAGGUAGUCGCCAUUUGCAUAGAAACGUGUGCACAGUGUCAUUAAGCAAUUACUUCAAAUUCGACAAAGGAAGGACGGUCGGCAAGCAACUUCAGGUAGCAAGAUGGAUAGAAAAUAAACUGCGGGCUGUGGGUUUGUACACUUUUACACUUAAAGAGAAAUGAAUGUAACUGGAUUGCUCAGGGUUGACUUGGAGCAUGUUCAAAACUACUGGUCCAUCAGACCUGCAACUUUUAUGUAUACUGCGUUGAUGGAUUCAUCAAUAUUGUUUUGUUUGUUUCAUAAAGCUGAGAGUUCAAAACAAAACGGCAACAGUCAUUUCUCAUUUAGCUUGCACCACCGAUCUGUCUUGACGUUUUGUUGUUAGUUGUGAAUACUUGAAAAAAACAAACAAACAACCAAGUAGAUUCAGUACUACUUACACAGCAGAGUACAAUUUGUUUCAAAGUCUUCUCAGUUCCUUCUGCUAAAGCUGUUUAUAAAGUAGUCUAAAGUACUUGACUGUUUACCUGAACUGAUUUCAAACUCUGUGCCCACGUUAAGAGUCUCUUGUAAAUCCUCAUCUUAAAUACAAACCGUUUACCAGAUUAGAGAACAGCCAAGAUUCAAAUUCCAAUCCAAACAUCAUGACUACAUGAGUCCCUGUUUCAAAUCUUAAAACAAGACUCGUAUCAUUUAAAACUUUGUCGUGCUGGUGCAUACUGAUCAUGCUUAUUGGUAAGCAAUGCAUAAACAUGUAGUUGGUCCCUGUACCAGUUUCUGUAGCCAGGCAAGUGAAAUCACAGCUGGGGCCUCGGAUGACUCCUCUUCUUCUGCGCCAACCUGACCUGACGUAUGGGCCCAAUGACUGAUGUAGCUACCGUUCAAACACGCUCCCUACUGUUGAACCAGGGUUUGAUGUUGGAAACCAAAUGUCCAAAGUACUUGAUUGAUACAAAUCAAAACCGCACAUAUGACUUAAAAUGAUUCUGGUGAAAGGAUUGAGAAUGAGUGAUCUCAUCUUACGGAGUUGCAGUCUCAAUUUGCUUUGUGAGUCAAAAGCCGAUUGGCCCCAAUCCUGCAACGGUAGAACGAUGGAUCAUCUUCACUCUUGUGCGUUUGCAUAACAUUUUCACAAUGCAAGAUACAGUGGCUGUACAAAUAAGUAAAAAUAUAUCUAUAUAUAAAAAAAUAUAAACUAUUAUGUAUUUCAGGGAAUGCAAAAAAGAAAACAGUCAUUUGUUAUCUCUUUUUGUAAGAGAGAGCUUCUGUAUUCAUAAUGUGCUUUGCUUCGAUUUGUAAAUAGUUGAAUGGCUUAUAAAUCUUAAUUGUAACCUUUUCAGGUAUUUUUGUACAAAUAAGGGACUGAUAUAUUCUGUUUAUUGUAAUUAGAAUAAAACAUUAAUACAUUGCU